AUGACUCCGGACCGGCCUCUCGGCGAAAUCGCGCUCAAUCCUAACCGUGUCACGCUCCCGCCGCCGUUCAAGACGGCCGAUGCUCGACCCGACGCUACUACUGAGAUAGCGACUGGAGCGCGACGAGGUGGGGAUCUCGCGGCGCUGGGCCCUGCCGACGCGCUCUCGCGAGUCUCGCACCAGAUUGCGUCGACAAGAACUACAGCGCCUACUGCUGCUGCCGCUGCCGCUUCAAUAGCGAAACCACCACCUGUCAAGGCCGUCGUCGCUGCUACCAUGCAGCGCAAUCCCUCCCUCGACCGUGACGACGGCUCAACCCAGAGCCAUCCCCUUUCAACCGCCGGCUCCCAGGACACCAACAUGACCGCCUCGACCGAUCCUGCAUUCACCCCUCCUGCCAGCGACCCCGGAACCUGCGCGCCGGGCCCCUCGAGCCAGGACAGCCAGUUGCUGCAGCUCUCCGAGAUUGCGGCCGCGCAGGACAGGAUGGACACGGACGCUUGGAGUUCACGGAAACGCAUGGCCGACGGCGAGGUUAAGAGCCGAACAGACAGUCAGAGUCCUGUGAAGGGUCAUUCUAGGAACCCGAGUGCUGUGAGUAGGGCGUCGGCGACGGGAGGAUACAUUGGAGAGUUGUCCGCCGAAUUGAAGACGCGUCUCUCUUAUGCCAUGAUCAAGGUUAACCACGGCUGGCAAUCAAACUCUUUGGAAGAAGUCGAAACCCUUGCUUCUCACGCCGCAUCACCGACAUCUAGCACCUCGACCGUCCACCGCCGACAGGGUUCCUCAGCAAGCCCUCGAAUACGCCUCAACGCCGCACCCUCCUCCUCGGCUCCUCUCCCAUACGAUUCUGCUCGCCAGCGUCGAAAAUCCAACUCACCUCCAAGAUCCUCAUUACCUAAACCAACCCUUGCUCCUCCUGCUGCAAUUCAACCCUCACUCAACACGAAUGUCCCUCGCUCGAACCCGCGCCGCAACUCCAAUCCUCACCGCACUCCAACACUACUGUCAUAUUCUCACACCGCUUCUCCUCAUACGCCUGCUCAGUUGCCUACGUUACAGACUGGACCAAGAUCUCGCACUACGGGGGAACAAGAUGCCAUUGAGUCUCUACUCUUCAUGAGUAGUCCGGGGAACUCGGCCAACCUGAAGCACGCCUUCUCACCAACGGGUUCCCCAGGACCAAACUUUGGUGCAGUCAGGCCAUUGGUUCGUCAUGCUUUGCCUUCAGGCCCUAGGAAACCGUUGCCUUCAUCACAACGGCACGCCCAGCCAACCAGGAGGCCUGGCUUUGACAAGUCCCCUAUGCCUCCACCUCCAGGUUCACCAAUGGAUCUGGACUCACCACAGCAACCUUAUGGUACACCAGGCAGGGGGACACCGAGGAGGCGUAUGAAUGGUGGCAGCAGUCAUCUAAGGGGGGCACUUUCUUUGCCCAGUGGACUCGGUGGGGGAAACGGGACGGCAAGGAAAAUGCUGCGAGACGAGGAUAUUGAGAGGAUGCUUGACCAGGCCGCUGCAGAAGCGGCGGAUAGCUCUGACGACGAGGAGAUUCAGAUUCCUCCACCGAGGCGCGGUGUAGCAGGAGUCAUGCAGGCAUAA